GUCACAGGAAGCAACACCAACGACCUCGUAGGUAGGCACCACAUAUCAUACACUACCAACUUAUGGACACACCUCCGCCGUUUGCCCGUCCCCAGUCAAGUCAAACGCCAGGAUCGAGUACUACAAGGCAGCAAGGGAACAUUGUUCCCUUUUUUCUUGUGCACACUACUGGAUCUUCACACUCGCACGUUUCUUGCUGGUAUGCGGCUCCCGUCCUUUCGAGACGUCUGACUGUCAACUGCCGUCAAUCAAUCCCUUCAACUAGGCAUACAUCGCUUCUUUCCUCAUUCUUGUCUCUGCUUGUCCUUUUUUUCCUAGUUGUUUUUCUUCACUCGUUUCUUCUCAACCUGUGCGCUUUGAUCCUUGCUACAGUUCGACUCAUCGUGCGACCCGAACGGGAUACUCUACAUAGUUUGCACACACUAGUAAAAGAGCCUCCCCUCUACUACGUCGACGGCAGCACCACCCAUGAAGCAAUCCCCGCCACCUGCAUCACUCCUUGACUAUCCACACACUCCACGAAUUUGCCUCAGCCUCAAUUGGGGAAUUUGUGUGCACCUAGGAUCCGUACCCCGACCGUAUUUGUCUGACCGAAUCAAAAGAGCUCACACAUGCGAAAGGUGUUGUUGAACAAAGCUGCAUCAUGGGCCGCCUCUCAUCACACGUGAUGACGACAUGCCUCAUCUCACACUCGCCUCCUGCCGGUCACUGCGCCCAAAGUCCUGCCACACAACCAAACAACCAAACAACCAGAUCCCCAUCAUCCAUUUUCCCUCUCUUGUCUCUCUCUGGGUGCUCGCCUGUGACAGCAUAGGCGGCAAAAAACCCCUGGCUAUACCCGGCAGAAAGGGUGGGUGAGAAGCCCUUUUUGCCCCUGCAUCUUCGACUCCUGAGCUACGGUAU